CGUUGUAGCUGACUGACUGACUGAGUGGUAGGUCUCAAAACAAGUAAAGCAAUAUCAAUGAAGAAUGAGAUUCCAUAGCCCUAUGCUACGGUAGGCCAAGUUUGUGCAAAUCAAGUAUUCUAUUAAGUCUAAUUAAAAUAAAUGUAUAUUUGUCAUCUUGAUAGUUGGCUGAAAGGUCAUUUUCCAACUAUUUACUGCAUAGUCAUCAUAGGUUGCUUUUUUAAUGAAAAAGCAUUCGCAAAAGCCUUCAUAAGUUUUGAAAACUUUACGACGGUACCUUAGUUUUAAAAGACUUGAUUUUCCAUUUCUGUUCAUCACAUUCAUUCCUCAUCCUAAACAUUUCAGAUUUUCAGAAAUGCCUACGAACAAUUAUGUUGAAUGCAGUUUUUGGAAUUUCGAUAGUCUUUUUCAACCACAACAACAUCCUGCUCGAGAUGCACAUGAUACAUUUUUCCUUUCGGAUCCUGAGAUUUCAGAUAUUAACAAAACAGUCGAAACUUGUUACAUUGAUAAAGUUCGUACUGCGCAUAGUCAAGGUGCUUUUGGUAGUCGAGGCUAUCAGUCACCAUGGCUAAUGGAGGAAGCGGAGAAAAAUUUGUUGCGUACACAUACAACAGCAGUGAGCGCCCGUAUGCUUCAUGCAUUAUCUAAAAAGAAUCCAUUUACUCCAGCUAAAUAUUACAGUAUUGAUCGUGUGUUUCGAAAUGAAAAUCUGGACGCCACUCAUUUGGCAGAAUUUCAUCAAGUUGAAGGUCUAGUUGCUGACUUUGGUCUUAGCUUAGGCCAUUUAAAAAGUGUAAUUCGAACUUUCUUUUCAAAGUUGGGACUUACGCAACUGAGAUUCAAACCAGCAUAUAAUCCAUAUACUGAACCGAGUAUGGAAAUUUUUAGUUAUCAUCCUGGUCUCAAGAAGUGGGUGGAAAUAGGUAAUUCGGGACUAUUUCGUCCGGAAAUGCUUAGACCAAUGGGGUUACCUGAAGGAUUGUCUGUUAUAGCCUGGGGAUUAUCUCUGGAACGUCCAACUAUGAUUCGAUAUGGUUAUAAAAAUAUUCGUGAUUUAAUUGGCACCAUUGUGUCGAAUGUACAAGUGUUAGUGCCUGGUUUCGUACCAUUUAUAAUAGCGAGUUUUACUACCGUGAUAUUUAAUUUUUGGCAUCAGUUGUUUUUGCAAACUUGGAAAUUAUUUUUACAUAUGUCUGUAAAUGUACAUUACUUUUCUGUCAAGAAUUUCACUGCAAUGAGCAAUGAAGUAGUACCUUUUUCAAAACCAAGGAGCUCCGAUACGUUAUUAUCUACUUGCCAAUCAACAGAUUUGGAUGAUCAUGUUAGUGAAAAUAGACUAUUAAAGAUGAAGAUAUUAGAACUGUCAUCAGAAUUACAGAGGAAUAUAAUUUAUUUCAAUCGACUUUUGGGGGCGACUGAAUAUGAACUGGAACAAAGCAAAAAAACAAAUGAAGAUUUGUUAGACAAACAGAAUUUAAAAAUUCAAUCUUUGCAACAUGAGAAUGAAACAUAUCGAAAUGAGAUAUCAGCUUUAAAAAUUGAUUUAAAGAAGAAUCAAGAAGCUAUUCAAUUGAAACAAGAUAAAAUUGAUCAAAUGGAAGUGUAUUUAGCUAAAUUACCAACAUUAGAAGAUUAUCAAGAAACUUUAAACAAGUUUCAAUUAAUGAAAAAUCAAAAUUUAUUAUUAGAAAAUCAUAUUGAAGAAUAUAAAAUGAAAUUAAUCCAUAAUGAUAUACAAUUAAAUAAUGCUAAUAUAAAAAUUAAACAAUAUGAAGAACGUGAACAAUUAAAUAAAAAAGAUCUUAAUGAAAGCAAAAUUGAAAAAUCUGAUGAUAUGAAAGCAUCAAAGGUGAUACCAAUUUUUGUUGAAGAUUUGAAAUGUGAAUUAGAACGUUAUCAGAUCGCAUUUGAAAAAACUAAAAAACUACUUGAAACGGAAACAUGUCGUUCUGAAGCCGCAGAAUCCCAUCAAAAAUUGGAACAACAUAAAUUCAAUGAAUAUCGUACACGUGUGGAAGCAGAAAUUAUUGGUAUUAAAGCAUCUUUAUCACUUAGACAUAGUGAAAUUCGUCAAUUAAAUAAGCGUAUUUCUGAUUUAACUUUAGAAAAACAAAAUUUACAUAAAAAUUUAUUUAAAUCAUAUCAAUUAUUAAAAUAUUUUAUUACUAUAUUGAAAUCAUUAAAUGUUCAAUUAAUUAAACAAUUAUAUAAAUAUAUAAAAGAGAAUAUUAAUGAAAUUCAAUGUAUUGUUAAACAAUUCAUUAAUUUAUUAAAUGGUAUUCAAUUAAAUUUAAAUGAAUUAUUAAUACAACCAAAACCAUUAUUAAAUAUAAAUGAACAAUAUAAUGAAUUGAAUAUAUCAUCAUCAUUAUCAUCAAUAAUAAUAAUAAAUAAUGAUAAUAAUAGUAAAGAUACAUGGGAAGAUUCAUUUGAUGAUAUUAUAACUAUUGCAUCACAAUUAACAAAUAAUAUUAAUCCAGAACUAUUACAUAAUUCUUUAGAUCAAUUAAUUAAAACACGUACAUUACUAAUAAAGUUACGUCAACAACUAGCUAAUAAAUAUGCAGAUCAUUUAGGUGAAAAAAUAGAUUGUAUUGUUCAAUGA